GCAGGCCUGGGAAGCUCAGGCUUAGAGGAAGCCUUGGGGCAAAAGCAGGAGAGAGCAUAGGAGUGGAGUCAUAGUCUUGGUUCUACUUUCAUCUCAGUGAUGUCCACCCUUUCGGUGUUCUUGGAUGUGCCCGCAGCUCAGAAGCUAGAAGGCAGCUUGUUAAAGACCUACAAACAAGACGACUGCUCUAAGAAGAUGUUCCUGGCCUAUAAAGUCUGCAUGACCCAGGAAGGACAACCCUGGGUUUCUUUCGUGGUGCACAAAAUCCGGCUGCAGAUCGCACAGGAUCCCUCCCUGAACUAUGAGUAUCUACCGGUGAUGGGCAUGAAAUCAUUCAUCCAGGCCUCGUUGGGACUUCUCUUCGGAAAGCACAGCCAAGUCAUUGUGGAGAACAGGGCAGGGGGUGUGCACACUGUUGGUGACAGUGGUGCCUUCCAACUUGGGGCCCAGUUCCUCAAAACUUGGCGUCGGGAUUCUCAAAUAGUCUACGUCAUUUCUUCUCAAAUAGAACAUCAUGGACUCAUCUUCCAGGACAUGGGCUUUACAGUUUUUGAAUUCUCCUUCUGGGACUCUGAGCAGCUGUGCAUGGACCCCAAUAUGCUCUUCAGUGUGGUGAAGCAGGCCCCAUAUGGCUGUAUCUUUGUGAUCGGGAACAUUGACUACUGCAAGUUGACACAAUAUCAGUGGACAAAGUUGAUGGCCACCAUGAAGAGAAAGCGGAUAUUCCUAUUUUUUGACAUUCCCUAUCAAGGUUUAUCUACCGGUGACCUGGAAGAAGAUACUAAAUUCUUACAAUACUUCGUGUCCGAAGGCUUUGAAUUCUUCUGCAGCCAGUCUCUGUCCAAGAGUUUUGGCAUUUAUGAUGAAGGAGUGGGGAUCCUAGCCGUGGUGGCACUCAACAACCAGCUCCUGCUGUGUGUCCUCUCCCAGCUGAUGAACUUCGCCCUGGCCCUGUGGCUAAACCCUCCCACCUCGGGUGCUCGCAUUAUCACCUCCAUCCUCUGUAACCCUGCUCUGCAUGAAGCAUGGAAGCUGAGUCUGAAAGAGGUCGCAGAAAGCAUUAUGCUCAUCAAAGAAAAGGUUAAAGAGAAGCUCCGGCUCCUGGGAACGCCUGGCUCCUGGGAUCACAUCACUAAUCAGAAUGGGACCCAUGGCUAUCUUGGACUCAACUUCCAACAGAUAGAAUACUUGGUCAAGAAGAAACAUAUCUACAUCCCCAAGAAUGGUCGGAUUAACUUCACCUGUAUCAAUGCCUGCAACAUAGAUUACAUCACUCAGAGCAUCAACGAGGCUAUCUGCUUCACAAAGGGCUCUGGGAAAAAAAAAGUCUCCAGAAAGUCAACAGCUUCUAGUUAGAAUAAAAGCUUGAGUCUU